UUCGCAGGUGAAAGCAAUACCAUUAUGUCCGCUCUGCAUGCACAUCAACUUCUCUACUCCCACACUCUUGUACAUAUUAUAUGUGCCCUUCAUUCUCGGCGUAGUGAUCCCCCUUCUACCCACCAUGACCAUGGAAAUCGUGGAUGAUUCGGACCCUCGCAUUGAAUACCACCCAGGCUCAUGGAUCAAAAACUCUAACUCAUCGGUCGACCAUGGUGGGACUAAUCACACUACCACUGAAGACGCAUCCAUACAAUUCCAGUUCGAUGGUAUACUCAUCCAAGUAUUUGGCACCAUCUCAGCUCCAAUUCCUCGAGUGCAGUACAAGGUAGACGGUCAGAUCACUGGGAAGCUACCUCAAACCUUAGCGAACACACCCAACCAAAUCCUCUACCAGUCUGAACCCCUUACUCCGGGAAAUCACACCCUGAUUAUUGCGAUAGACAGCAAUGACCCUCCAUUUGUGUUUUCACUUGAUUACCUUGUGGUCGUGAACACCAACCACAAUCCCUCCUCUUCAGCGUCUCCUACAUCGGAGACCACUGUGGUAUCAACAGCGGCUCCUGAGAACGAUUUACCACAUUCGAAAAGCCAAGUCAAUGUCGGAGGCGUGGUUGGGGGAGUUAUCGCUGCGUUAGUCUUUCUAGCGACCUUAGCUCUUUGCUUUCUUCAUUGGAGAAGGCAGCAUAGGGUGGCAGUAUGCCAUAGUAUCACUCGUAUGUUGUUUACAGGCCUUGCGUCUGCUACCCUUUGACCGAACUUUCGCGCUUUAGCAUUUCACAUUGACCCACAAAUGUCUCAAGUUCCCCCUGCUUCAGAUCCUCUUCCCGCCAUUCCUCCUGUAGGCCCACGGCCGGCGUCACUACAUGCACCCGACGGUCCCCCAUCUCACACUGGCGCAACUCUAUCAUCACCAAUAUCUGAUGCUCCUCUAUCUCACACUGGCGUAACUCUGUCAUCACCAAUAUCUCCCCUAUCUCACUCUGGUGCAACUCUAUUAUCACCACUAUCUGACGAUGACCUUCCGCCCCCCUUCGUCGCUGGAAAUACGCGUUCAGAUGUUGCUCGGCAUCCCAGUAUGUAUAAACCACGGAGCAUGGAAUCUCUUCCCCCUGAGUACGGAUAUGGCGGUGGUUUGAUGCUUCGUGAAUGGUCAAGACCACAGGGACAUCAUGGUCAAUGAUGUAUUCUAUAACAUGGCAUUCACAUACACCCGUCCUUGUUUUGAUUGUACAUUAUAGCUUUUUGCCGCUUGAUACCUAGUAUAGCUGUAGCGAAGAGAUCAGAGCGGCCAGUGCUUAUAUUCCUCCGCAACUGUCAUAGUAUAGAUACUCCUUGUAAAUUAGUUGAAUUUGUACAUUAUUUUGUCACAGCCAUUAUUUACUCAC